AACCAAAGGAAAUCCGUUUUUUCGAUCAGUUCCAGAUCAGUUGCAAAUCAGUUGUUCUUCGACUUCUCGUGAAACUGGAGUGUUCCGUAGAUCUCGAUAGAAAUUUUUGAACGUUUUUGAGGUUAGAGAAAAGAGAGUGUUAUUUCGCGAUCUUUAUGAGUGAUAACGAAGUCAAAAUGAAGAGUGAGAUCGACGUGCGAAUGUACAUGAAUACAAAGAACGUAUCGUCAAGGUGUGAGGUCAGAACUAAGUGUAAGAACAAUGACGAUGAAUCGUGAUCUUAGUGGUUGGCCUUGUCCACUCCAACAAUCGUCGUCGUCGUCGUCAUCGUCGUCAGCCUUUCGUCGCUGUCGCCGCCGUUUUCGUUUUAACAGCGGUGCAACGGUCGACGAAGAAGAGUUGGCAGAGGAAGAGAAGGGGAAAGGGGGGAAGAGGAGCGACAGCAACAUUAGUAUUAGUAAUAGUAAUAGUAAUAGCAGUAGUAGCAGCAGCAGCAGCAACAACAACAAUAACAACAGCAACAGCAGCAGUAGCAGUAGGAGACGAGAAAAAUACGAUAGUGGUAGAAGAAAAAGAGAAAACGAAGGACGGUGACGCGGGUGUCGACGAUCGCGUGGAAUGGCAGCGGCCCUGAAAAAAAACCAUUCGCGGAGAAGAUUGGCCGCCUUGACAUUCCUCUCGAACAUAUCUCUCGAUGGAAGUCAUCGUGAUACGAAACUGGCUCUCCUUUCGCGCAAGCCCACCUUUGGUGGGGCUGCUGGAAUCGCAGGAGAAAGAAGGGGUGGUGGGGAACACGCGCGAACUUUGAGCGACGGCGGCGAAGCCCGCCGACGAAGCUCGACACCGAGAUUUGAAUUUGAGGAUUCGUUCGAGGAAACUAGUUCGCCUUUAUUAUUGUCAUCGAGGCGUAUUGCUCUUGACAGUUCGACGACUAUCGAUCAAGAUGAAAAACAAAGUCAACGACGAGAAUAUCCUUCUGGUGCUGAUUCCUCAUCCUCGCCUCGCGAUUCGCAUAAACAAAUUCAUCGUGCGAACAGUGCGAGACACAGGGAUUCGAUUGGUUCGGACGAAUCUCUCAUUCCCGCUAAGGCGGCUGUGGCUGCAUUUCUCGAACAAGAGAGAAACUAUCCGCAUUUACCCUCUUCCGGAUUGCACACCGGUUCCUUUAGAGAACGCACUGGAACAACUGGCAGCGACUAUUCCAUGCUCGAAAGACGCGUUGGCUCGUUGCAAUACAAGAAACGGAUAAGUCAUCAGACAUCGACGUUAUCUGAAGAUAUAAAGCAUCGAUGCAAUAGCAGUAACGAAAGCAUCGGUUCGCUUCGUUCGAAGUCGCAAUCAACGUCGUCUAAGGCAAAAGGAAAAUCAUCGUGCAAUAAUAACGUGCAACAAAACGUUAAUACCAAUAAUAUACCGGAGAUCACAAAAGCAAUACGAUUGGUACAACGACCGGCUAACAGACAAAAAUUUGGAGACGACAGGCUGGUCUUGGUUUCCGAUAAAUAUGUUCCGUUUUUGAUAUUCUCGACUCUUCCCUACAACAAGGGUCGUUCAAGCUGGUCCGAAUUGAGGAGAGAUACAGGAAGAAGGAAAAACGUUUCAUCGCAAAGACCUCUGUCCGCUAUCAAUGACACUAUCGAUCCUUUCGGUCUUCUUGGUAUAGAAAGAGCUAAAGACGGACAGGAAAUUUCUUAUGAACGAUUGUUGGUGCCAUCGAGACAAUUUCAAAAAGAGAGAAAAUUAUGCUCGACCGAGAGUGAAACAAUAGAAUUAUCUCACGUUAUAGCAAACAAGCAUCACCCGGUACAAAGGACAAAAACUAUAACAUGGAACUUGGAUCACACGAAAUGGUGUCUUUCAUACGACACGGCAACACAUCGUUUACAACACAAUGCUCCGGAAUCUCCUCCAUUGUCUUUUGGUGCUGAUCCUAUCAAUAAAUUUUAUGAUUGGGACGAACAAUCCGUGCAGUAUAAUCCAAAUUUGUUAGAUGAUCCAGAGCUUAUUGCAGGAAAACAUAGAACUCUACUCACUUUUACAUCAUAUAUGGCAUCGGUGAUUGAUUAUGUCAAACCUUCCGAUUUGAAAAAGGAAUUAAAUGACAAAUUUAAAGAGAAAUUUCCGCAUAUAGAACUAACGCUCAGUAAAUUACGUAGUUUAAAGCGAGAGAUGCGUAAGAUAGCGAAGACGGAAUAUGGGAUAGAUAUGUUGACCGUAGCGAUGGCUUAUGUAUACUUUGAAAAAUUAAUUCUUCGUAAUAUUGUGACUAAACAAACACGAAAAUUAUGCGCGGGUGCUUGUUUGCUUCUUGCAGCAAAAUUAAAUGACGUUAAGGGUGAUGUUUUGAAAUCAUUGAUCGAGAGGAUAGAAAGUGUAUUCCGCUUGAAUCGUAAGGAUCUGAUUACAUCCGAAUUUGCUGUACUCGUCGCAUUAGAAUUUGGCUUACACCUUCCAAAUUGGGAAAUAUUUCCUCAUUAUCAACGUUUGAUAUACGAAUCUUGACCUUCCUUUUCAUCCUUCUUCAUGCACAGACGUCAAACAUUAUCUUCUUAAUCGUGCAAGAAGUUGAAGAGAGAUAUGUACAUUACAAAAGUUUAACCGUUAUCAUUAAUGCUAGAUACAAAAAAAGAAGAAAGAGAUUUAAGUUAAAUCUUUAAAAAAAGAACAUUAGUAUGCAUAAACAGCGAUAACAUACUAUCUGUAACAAUUAUACAUCAAUGUGAUAUUGGAAUCGUAAUAGAUAAAAGUAAGAAUAAGUCACGAAAUUUUCAUUCUUACGAAUGCAUGAAUCUAAAGAGCUCAUGAAUUUAAAACAACGUAAUGAAAGAAAGACAUUUUUACAGGAGAAAAAUAAAAAUAUAAGCUCAACUCAAUAUUUUAGUUUUUAUUUUAUAGUCAUAUCAUUGCAACGAAUU